UUUAGAGAUGACUGAAAACUAAUCACUCUCCAUGAUUUCUUGCAGUGGAAGAAAAGUGUAUAAACAGAAAAUUACUAUAGAAACAGGUAAAGGCUGAGACUGGAAUAGGAUGGAGUGCUGUGGUCACAGCGAGGAGACAGCCUCCACAGCAGGCAUGACCUUAGAGGUGGCUUUUGAAGAAUCAAGAGUUAACCCUGCCAAGAAGCAUACACACAGACUCAUCUUACAGGUCUGCAGAAAACAAGCAGUUCAUAGAAAAGGUACUGUGGCAGUGAAAGCAGAACACGCCAUUCCAGGCCCACAGCAGUACUUACAGUCUGCAGAGCACGGUAUGAUCUACAGAGAUUAAAACAAACCGUGAUCUCUGCUCCCAGGCACAAUAUAUACUCCUUGAACAUAAGGCAAACUGCUCUGAAUGCACUGUGAAUUGAGAAUGGAUAAGGACAGGUGAUUUUAAAUCUGGUCCUAAGUACAAAGUUCAUAGGGGUGGGAGGAAAAGCACUCUCAUUUAGGCACUGAAGGGGGUGGAUGGAGUGAGAAAAAAAAUCAAGGCGGGGCCCCAAGAGGUCAGCCUGAUGGAGAAAGGAGGAAAAAUGAAGCCUGGGCUGGAACUCUGAGACUGGAGCAAAAAAGAGGGUGGGGCCAGUGGGCUCCACCUCCUCUCCUCCUCCCACUUCCCCCACAACCUACUUUCUUUGGUGUCUGGUCCAGACUGGUGAGGUAGGAACUCCUAAGGAGCCUGGGGAGGGGCCAUGUUGCCGAGCCAGCUGUGGGGGAGACUGGAGAAGCCACUUCUCUACCUGUGCUGUGCCUCCUUCUUCCUGGGGCUGGCUUUGCUGGGCAUACAGCCGGACACCGUCCCUGUUGCUUAUUUCUUUCUGGCCUUGGGUGGCUUCUUCAUGUUUGCCUGCCUGCUGGCCCGUUUUCUGGAACGGGUGUUCCAAUCAGUGCAGCCGGAGAGCCCAGGGGCCUCAGGCAAUGCUCGGGACAAUGAAGCCUUUGAGGUGCCACCCUAUGAAGAGGCCGUGGUGUUGGAAUCACAGUGCCGCCCCCAAGAGUUGGAUCAACCACCUCCCUACAGCAGUGUGGUAAUCUCCCCAGGUCUUGUGGAGGGACAGCCUGACUAUCCAGAGGGGCCCAGGAGAGCCAGAGUGGAAAGGCGAGUGGGCUCAGAGGGGUCUAUGGGCCCAGGAAGUGCUGGGAGAGCUCCGAUCAGCCUUCGGCUUCGGGGGCCACGAGUUGCGUCCACUGCUCUUGAUCUGCAGAGCUUGGGCAUGCUCCCCAAAUUGGAGUCGCUCCCCAGGUUGGAGCCUCUCACUCCGCCGCCUGACUAUGAUGUCAGCUUCAGUCACCCUGAUGAUGAGAAUGUUUUUUAUGAAGACAACUGGACACCCCCCUAACAGACUUUCCCAGGACAUACCAUCUCUCUGCACCAGACCCACUCAUUCAUUUGACCACUUUUCCCAGUGCCUGCUACGCAUCAGGAACUGGACAUCACCAAGGGGGAUUUUAACCCAGAGGGGAGUUAGGCUAAGGUAAGCCCUUCUCAGUUGAGAUGCAGGUGGUACAAUUUGAAUUUUUCAGGUGACAUUCAGAAACCUAACCCAUAAUCGUUAUUUUCAGAGUUAGAUUGAGGGUGAGAUGAGGCAAUGAUCCAGAGAAUCCGGAGAAGAAAGAAAAGAAACAACACCUGAGUGAGGUUAUGUUGCCUCUGCUCUGGGUGCUUUGCCUCCAUUAGAUCACUUAGACUUCCCAGCCUCAUAGGGUAAAAUCACCCUCAUUUUCCAAAUGAGGGUUCCAAGGGUCAGAGAAGUUUGAUUAUUUGCACAGGAGCACAGGGCUAGUAAACAGGAUAAAAAUAACUUGAACUCUGCUCUUCUGAUCCGAAAGCCUAUGAUGUUCUCAAAACAAGGUAGGCAGGCCAUCCGCACAUCUCUCGGUCUGUCUCAGGCAACUGCUGGUGAGGGAUGGUAGACAGAGUGGGGGACCAGUAGUGUCUGCGGACAGGGUGGGCUGAGAGUGAUCAGGCGUGUGCCCAGCCUCCCGGAAGCACAAGGCUAGUCAAAGCUGUGCUAACCCCUGCUCCACGCGGGAAGCAGUUCUGGCCCAAGGGCUGGAGAGCAGUGCCCCACGAAGGGUCCCCAUCCUACGGAAAGCGGGGGAGUAAACUGCCCCAUGGUUAGGGUCUCCCCGUCUCGAGGAUGGGUGGAGAGGUGGAUCAGCAAGGAUAAAGCGUGAGCUUCUCGGCAGAGGUGGGGGAGUAUCUAAGGAUACUCUUGCGUCAUCCAAUGUGAAGGCUGGAAUCAAUCGCACUGACUCUCAUCGCUUCAGCCUCACCCCUGCACUCUCAACUGCUGGAGUUUCACAUCAGCCCGGCCCUGCUUCCUCACAUGUCUGGCACAAGCAUGUCAAACUCGCGGCCCGCAUGCCUCGUUUAUUCGGCCCGUGUGAGACUGGAAUCGUGUGCUGGGCUGUGGUGUAGGUUUGAGCCGCUGGGAGUUGCUCAACCACCGCUGACCUACCCUCCUCUUUGGGGCGCGCCCACACCGGCCUCCAGUCACUGAGCGGGUAGCGGUCUGGCGCCUCCUAGUGUUCGCUUCCUUCCUCUCGCCCCAACAUUUCAAUAAAGUACAGAG